UGGAGCCGCGCGGGGGCCGAGCGCCGAUUGGGGCGCGGGCCGCCGGUCAGCCGCGCUCCUCGCCCCCGAUUGGCGGCCUCGGCGGCGGGGGUGUGGCGGGGGCGCGGGGCGGUGGGGGCGCGGCGCGCAGCUGGCGGGGUGACCCGCCCGCCCCGGUGUCCGCGCACUCCCGGCGGGGACGCGGCGCGGUGUGAGCGCGGCUCUGCGGCCCAUGGGAGCGGGUGGCGCGGUGUGAGCCGGCCGCCGCGGGUGGGCGUGCAGGGGUCAGGCGGGGUGUGUGUGAGGCGGGGUGGUGGUGGUGGUGGAUCGGCCGGCGGGGGUGCCCCGUUGCUGGCGGCCGCCAUGGAGGUGUGCGAGAGCGGCGGGGAGCAGCCGCAGCUGCUGCAUUGGGACCGCAAGCUGAGCGAGCUGUGCGAGCCCGCCGACCCCGACACCCUGCUGUGCCACACGCACUUCACAGAGUUCCUGGAUGAGUUUUCACCCGAUGUCCUAGGCCAGCUCUUGAAUGAUCCCUUCUUGUCUGAGAAGAAUGAAAUAAUGGAGGUGGAACUGUCUCCGGCAUCCCCAGCACCCCUCAUCCAGGCAGAACACAGCUACUCCCUCUGCGGGGACUCUCGACCCCAGUCUCCCUUGACCCACAUCUCAACUGAUGACAACUUUACUGAAGGUGACCUGGAAAAUGAGGAAUGGUGUCUGGCUACAGAGCUUACUCCAGCAGCAAUAAAGGCUGAGCCAGUGUUGUGCGAGACAUCAGGCCUUGCUCCCUCAGUCAGUCUCACUGUCACAACCACAUCACUGGAGGGGGAACAACCUGAGCUACAGACGGAUGCCCUGAUGAAACCACUGAGCCAGAAAGUUCUUCCAGAGAUUAAGUUGGAGCCCCAUGAAGUGGAUCAGUUCUUGAAUCUCUCUUCUAAGGAAGCAGUGGAUCCCCUGCAUUUGCCUCCAACCCCUCCCAGCAGCCAUGGCAGUGACUCUGAAGGAGGGCAGAGCCCAGCUAGAUCGCUCCCUCCUUCAAGCCCAAUCCAGCUACCAGCCACAGCUAAAGUGACAUCGCGCACAGCUUCAGCGCUCUCCAAUUCCCCUCUCCUGACUGCACCACAUAAAUUACAGGGGACUGGUCCACUCAUCCUGACAGAGGAGGAGAAGAGGACACUGAUAGCAGAGGGGUACCCAAUCCCUACCAAACUGCCCCUGACAAAAGCAGAAGAGAAAGUGCUGAAGAAAAUCCGCAGGAAAAUAAAGAACAAGAUCUCUGCCCAGGAAAGUAGAAGAAAAAAGAAAGAAUACAUGGACAGUCUGGAGAAAAAAGUUGAGACCUGUUCAAAUGAAAAUAGUGAGCUGCGUAAGAAGGUUGAAGUCCUGGAGAAUACUAACAGAACACUUCUGCAGCAGUUGCAGAGACUCCAAGCCAUGGUUGCUGGGAAAGUGUCCCGUUCAUGUAAGGCAGCUAGCACACAGACAGGGACCUGUCUUAUGAUGGUGGUGCUCUGCUUUGCAGUAGUUUUUGGCAGCUUCUCUCAGAGCUAUGGGCCAUAUCCUUCUGCAACAAAGAUGGUGUUGCCCAGGCAGCAUUCCUCGCCAGAGUCCUACACAGACUCCAUUGUAAGGUCAAGGAGUUUGCUAAUUUAUGAAGAGCCUCACCAACUGGAGGAGUCGUCAAGCCCGAUCUCCUUUGCAGAUCGCAAUGACAGGCAAGCAGACACCUCCAAGUACACAGCGCUGUCCCUGGAAGCCAUGCCAGGAGCACAGCAGGAUGAUAUCAUGCAGUUCACAAUAGCCAAUGAGACGAGGCUAGAGAAAUCAGUGCUGCUGGGCCUGCAGCAGCAUAGAGUCAACUCUGAACUAGAAGGAAAUGAAACACUGAAGAUAAUUGAAAUAGAUAGAAGAGUCAAUGCCACUGCUUAAAAAUAAAAAAGGCCUUUUUUCUUGACUUUCCUCUUUCCCACAUGUUUUCAACCAAAGUCCCCCUGACUUAUCAUCCUCAGUGAACCAAAGCACAAAAGAGAGGGAGUUCAACUUCUGCAUUGACUGGUGAGGCUGUGACUGCAGAUGGGAUCUCUUGUCUUUGUAACUCCCUUUCUCACUUCACACACAGUCCCUGUAUUUGCUUUUACUCCUUUCCUGUCUAACACUGCAAGGGCAGGAUUGAAUUAUGAUGGCAGAUGAUGCCAGCAGUGUGCUGGUGACUGGUGGGUGUGUGUGUGCGUGCAUGCACGCAUCCUAAUCUGAGCACAAAGACAUUCUUUAGAAGAGUGAAAUAUGCAAACCCGAUGGGAGCAUGUGGGUGAUAGGUUUUCUGGGAGAAGGUAAUUGAGAGAAAGAGGAGAUGCAGCAUGAUGCUGCUCAGAAUCUAGCCACAGCUCCAUGCCUACUGGUCUACAGCACUUGAGCCUUUUAUGGGGAUUGAGAAGCAUGUAUGUAGCCUGCUUCUGAAGGGACAAGAAAGGUCCCUGAUACUGGGGAUGGGCAAUGAUGCUGCAGAAUUGUCCUCCCCUAGCUCUUUCUCUUCUCUCCUCCAGCCUCUUUAUCAUUUAGUGGGGUGACUUCCUCUCUGGGCCAAAAGCAGUCUUGGUAGGCUUCCUUAUUGCUUCCACCCUUAUGGAAUUUAAGCAAAGAUCAGCUGGGGUUUUGUCACACUUUGUGUGGAAGAAUUACACUAUUUUAACUGAAUCUGUUUAGCAAGCAGGUUUUGUUAAAUUUAUGCAAUGUUUUGGGUGGAUGUCCUUUAGUCUGCUUAAGGGUAAUCCGUUUUGCUUAAAUCAGUUCCUUCCCAACAAACUAAAUCAAUGUAAGGCUUAAACCAGAAGUGCCUCCUGAGAGGACCAUAUGGAUUUAAUUUAUUGGCUUCUAGGUACAUUGAUGGAAUUUCUUAUGUAGACCUGGUCUCAGAUUGUUCCGUGUUUCCUUUCCUUGCCAUCUUCAUGUUACUGUUGUAAAUAGUAUUUAUUAGCUUUGCAAGAUUUUGUUCAGGCAGUUGCAAUGAAGAGAGCUGAGCUUCCCUAACCCUGCAAGUGGUCUGGGCAAACUGAAAUCGGACACACAAAUAUCACUGAACACCCAUUCCCUCCCCACACAUUUGAAUUGCCCUAUAAUAAAGCCAUGUCUCUUAUCUUCCUCUUAUCUCCUUCUCCAGAGAUGUGAUCUUAGACCAGUUGCAUAGCUGAAAAGACAGGGGUAUAGGUAGCCCCAGCUAGGCACAGUUCAGGCCUCGAUAAUGUAUUAACUGUAUAGCAAGACAGCCUCUGAUCUGAAGAGUUGAGUGUGUAGGCAGGAGACAAGGCAAAAGAGGGAUGAGAUGGGCACACAGGGAGGUGAAGUGACUGGUCCAAGUUCAGUGGAAAUGCCAAGAGCGGUAUUCAGAUCCAUCCUGGUCCAGUACUCUUCUUCCUGCUUUGUUUCUUCCUUGUCUCAUGUAGCUGUUGCUUUUAAGGGUUCUUCCUCUCUCAGUUUAUGGUCAUGUCUUUGCCCAAGCUGUGCUUUUUGCAAUUUCUCCUUGUAGUGAUGCAGUUGAACCUACCCCAGGAUGUGAGCAGGGGUUUAUCUGGUUACUACAGAAGGGCACUCAGACUCCACUGAGGAUGGAUUUGAUAUGAAAAUCCUAAUUCAGCAGGCCAGCAUAGCUACUUGACAUUUUACCAGAAGAAGCCAAUUUAAAAAAAAAAAAAAAAAAAAAGAAAAAAGGAAAAGAAUAAAGAAUUUUGAAGCUCUUCUCUUUUAUUAUUUUCCUAAUGAUAAAUAAGGGAAAAACUAACCUAGCCUUACAAGUAAUUUUUUACCAUGUACAGUAGAUAUCUCCUGCAUGUACUCUAUUUUGUAAAAUACUGGAUUUGUAUUUUAUUACAGCAGCUGCCACACCAGCUCCUUUCUUGUUCUUCAUUAUCCUUAGACUUUCUUCCUUUAGUGUCCUAUUUGCUAGACUCAAAACUCAGUGAAAUGAAUGGAAAGAAUUUGGUGAAUUAGAGGGGGCUGUGGAACGGUCUCCACUGUGCCAUUUUAAGAAAGUGUUUCAGAUUAGUGACAGUGAAAUAUGUGCCUGACUCCAUGAGCUAUUAAUGAGUUUUGGUGUACAGAUGUGCUUUCUAGGUAAUGCCCUAUUCUUCUAUGCAAGUGCCUUUUUAUUAUUUUACCUUUAGUGGCAAUGAGAGGAGAAAUGUGAUUGUAGUCUUAUUUUGCAAGUGUUCCCUUCCUCUUGGCAUGGGUGAGUCUCCUCCCUAAAGUCUCUUUCCCUUCACAGUGAUCCCAAUGGGUCCUCUGAAUCAUUCCAGUAGGCACCAACUAUUUUUUUGUAUGACUUUUUCCGAUGAUUUAAGGCUUAGAAUCAUAGGAUGGUUUGGGUUGGAAGGGACCUUAGAGAUCAUCCAGUUCCACCCCCCCUGCCACAGGCAGGAACACCUUCUACUAGACCAGGUUGCUUAAAGCCCCAUCCAACCUGGCUCCACAUAAGUAACGAACACUGGUGGGUGCCACAAGGGAUGGCUGCAUUGCUUAGCCACAUGAGGUCAGCAAAGUGACAGGAGAAAGCUGGGACUGACCCUUCCAUUGCUGUAUGGCUGGACAGUGUAAGUGGGCAAGGUCAUAGCUCAGAAAAUUCUUUAAAUGGUCUUUUUUAUUUUUCUUCAGAGCAUCCAUGGUUUGUCACCUCUGAGGGCAACUGAAUGGUUAAGUCUUCUGCAAAAGAGGCCCCAAGUUGUCGAGCACGACACUGCUGUUAGUGGUCUUGCAGUUUGCACUGUGUAUAAGUAGGAGGCUGCUCUGAGCUCAUGCGUGCUAUCAGUUAAAUGGAUCACCUCCCAUUGCAGAUACAGCUGACUUCACUGUAUUAGAACUAAAGUUGAAUUAUUUCUCCAUACUUAAAGAACAGAUGAUUCUGCAAAAACCAAGCAACCCCGUCUCUCCAAAACCUAGUGCAUUAGUCACCAUUAAAUCUUUGCCCUUUUGUUUGCUUCAUUUGGGCAUGUCAGUUCAAAUCUCAUUGGGAGAUAGUCAUGUUUUCAUCUGGAGCAUUUUAAGCUGGCCACGAUCUGGGUCAGACCUCUGAACUAACUUAUCCAAGCUAGUAUGGCCUUACCAAUUUUUUUUUUACCUGCUUGAUAAUCUAAUUCUAUAAUCUUAAUUUUUGUUAUCCUUUAAGUUAUUUUUAAGUGCUCUUUCGGGGAAUCUCUUAACCUAGCACACAUAUUGCUUGGGGAUUUUUUUAUAUUAAAUAUGAUUUCUUUAUAAUAAGGAAGGCUUUACUUUGGUAUGUUUGUGAUCAUUUUUCUUCAGGGGCCUUAAUAGAACAGGUUCUUCUGCUAGAUACUAGGAGCCAAAGAAUCUCCUGUCAUCACCUACCCACAGGCUGUUAUGUGACAAGGACCUCACUGUUUCCAGAGGCAGUUGAUGCCUGUAUUAAGUUCCCAGCAGGGGGACAGAGAAGGCAGGACAUGUGCAAUCACACUGCCAGCCUCAGCAGUCCAGGGGUGACCCAAGUGCAAGUGUUGGUGCGCUACAAACAACACGGAGAGGUGGCUGUAUAUGCUCCGUGUUAAGGGCGUAGGGAAGGAGUAGUGAGGUGUGUUCAGGGAGGAUGCUGGUAUGUCCUUUUAAUUAGCUUAUCUAUAUCGAGGUCCUAGGCUUCUGCCAGUAUACUUCUUUCAGUGAUCAGUGACUUGGUGCUGUAGAAUAGUGUGUGUGCAUAGACAGGAUAGGCAAAGGCCUUAUGUCCUAUUUAAUUUCUCUUUCCACUAGAGGACUUUUAACCAAUCCUUAGAGUCUUUGGCUGUAACAUUAUGCUGCUUAUCAGCACAAUUUUAUACACAAAGGAAACUUACCUUUUGGCCUACAGCUUUAAAGUGUGUCUGGAUCUGUUGGGUCUUUGCUUCUAGGGGGAUAAACUAUGAUAGAAUGUAGGGCAUUAUUUUUAUAUAUAUUUAAAAAGUAUCCAGCGCAGGGCAUGUGACAGUUCUAACCUUGUUACCAGUGUGUAGAUAAUGUUGUGGGUUUUUUUUCCCCAGGCUAUUUAUAGUUCUUUGCUGCGUUUCUCUUAUUUUAUCUGUACCAUUCAAUAUUUUUCAACAGCACAGACUAAUAAUGGAUUAGGCUGAGGUUCUUAGGCCAGAUCCCAGCUGAUACAACGCAGCAUGCUUCUACUUACCGCUUUGGGAGGCUGCAGGUCUGAUGUAUACUGUCAGGGGGACCUCUUCCAUAUCUGUCUAUGUAACAAUAUCUCUCAAAGUAUUCUUGAUUUUUUUUUUUUGUAAUGUAGAGCUGAAAAUGAACCUAAAAACUUUUCUUCUUUUUUUUUUUUCUUGAUAAAGAAACCAACCCACCUCUCCACUCCCAUCCCCCCAAACUAUCAGUGGUGAAUUCUGUCUAGACACAUUUAGAAUGUAGGUCAAAUAAAUGAAUGAUACUAAUUGCUAUGCUGGGAGGGAUUUCCACUGAGUAUUUGGGCUCUAGAUUCUAGUUAAUGCCAAGAGGCCAUGGUACAAAACCCAUGCAGCUGAGAACAGAAGUAUACAGAGUAUUUUUAUAUUCCUGGUGACUAAAAUAUUUCUUUCUCAAGUCACUAAUUAGGAAGGGAACAUUUUGUAUUGUGAAGGUGAAAUGGUAGGUCAGUACUUUGUAACUACAAAAGUUACGCUAGCCUAUUUAAGUAGUGUAGUGCUAUGAUGUGUUGCCGCUUUGCGCUGUAGUGUUACGGAUAAACAACUUUGGGGGUUUCAAAGAUGAAUGAGCCAGCUUAUGUGUAGGGUCUUUACAAAUAAGAGGUAAGGAUUCAAUCAAUGGACCAGGAUAUUGUAACUUUCUCAUGGCCAAUACAGUGAUAGUGGGUGUUCAGGGAUAUAUUGAGGGUGUGAUCCUGGUUAGUACUGCAUUACUUAGGUGAUCAGCAUUCCUUGGAGACUUCAGGACAGAAAAUGAAAUUGCCAUUUGUUUUUGUGGUUUUCAUGUCAGGCCUUUUUCUACUUUACAAAGAUAUAUAUAUAUAUAUGAAUUGACUUCCUAUGUAGAAAAGAGAGCAUCUUGCAGGAAGCUCUCAUUUGUGAUGCUGAAAUGGAGUUUGGAUUUUCUUUAUUAGCAGUAGUCUCUUCUCUGCCCUAAAGCCCAUCUCUAUAAUCUUUUCUCCAAGAGCUGGAACUGAGUAGGUGAAAACAAAACAUGGGAAAGCUGGAUUUGUAGACCUAUUUACAGAAAAGAUCAAAGAAAUGGCAGGUGAAGGGACACUUGGCAUCCCUGGGAAACCUUCUACUUCUUGAUUCCAUAAAUCUGCAAUGAUAGUCUUUUUCAUUAGUUCCUCCCUUGUUUUAGCUUUGCUUUUCCCCUUGCUUUUUAAUACUAUGCAGUCCUGUUUAUGCAUUUUUGACAUUUGUGGUAUAUGCCAUUUUCCCUUCCAGCAGGUAAAAAUCUUAUUGAACUUUAGCAGCCCAUAAUUAAGGGAGAGAGGGAGAAGCAGAGGCAGGUGAUCAAUUUCUUUUAACAGAACUCUGCUUGUAUCUGACUUUGCCAUAUCAGAUUUUAAUUCAGUGGUGCUGAUGUAACAGCAUUUUGCUUUCUUCAUUUGUACAGCUAGCAAGAACGAGUGCGAGCAUGUGCGUGUCUAUGCACGUGUGCAUGGUGAGUAAUUAAAAACAAAAAUAAAACCACAGAGUUUUUUCUUAAUGUAGUAAGUGUUGCAAAAUAAAGGUAUCUACAUGAACACAUGGGGCAUAUUCCACCUGGUGCAACAGAAAGUCCAGGCGUUUCUCUCUGUUCACAUUCCACAUCACCCAGCACUCGUAAAACUGUCCUGUGAAUUGCUGUCUGAAGUCUGUCCUAUUAGCAGUCAUCGAGUGAAAGUUGUGUCAUUUGUGUGUAUGCAUAGACUGUCUUGCCUUUCCGUAGGACUGCUCUGGCUUGGUACAAAAGAACAAUUACUUUCAGCUUUUGUAUCUUCCGGUGUCAUUUUUGUUCUGCAGAAUUACGGCUUUGAAUGUUUAGGGGUUUUUUUGACAGUGUAACUUAGCCUUAAAUGUGGCCCCUGAGAGCUGACGCCUCAUGGAACACAAUCUAUUGAGCUAGUCAUCUGGGAGAGGACCUGAAGAUCUCCUUUCCCCAAGAGCACUGCUGCCCUAACUGCCCCACAGGCCCAGUAGAAUGCCAGUGAGGGGAAGCAGUUUGCUCUCAGAGAGCCACACUGUGAUGUAAGUACAUCAUCGUACAUAACAGUUUCCCUGAGAUGCACUGGGCCUUCCAUGGGUAAAUUACCUGGUGUUAGCUUCUUGAGGAAAAAUACACAAGCCAUUGCCUUGGGCCAUGCAAACCAAUACCUUGUGACACCCUUAAGACAUUUCAGCUGAUAUUUCCCUUUCCCUCUGUUCAUGCGGAUGCAGUAUGGGUUUGUGCAAGCGUUUAAAACUAUCAAAAUGAAAAGGAGAGCGAUACUAGUGCAAAAGCACCCCCUAAACUCCCCAGUAAACUAUAUUGGAGCCUUUUCUGACUGCAGAUCUUUCUGUUCUUUUGCCAUAAGUCUGUUUAGCUCUGUGUACUUGUGCUCAAUGGCCUCCCUAUUUUUGUACAAGUGCUGUCAUCUGGAUAUGGUCCUACCUGGUUGUUCACACUGCAAACAUGUCCAUUGGGUGGCAAGAAAUUGCUGAUUUUCCUUUUUAAAUCAUCGGCUUGAUUCUACAAGAGAACAGACUACCUGCUUCUGUAGCCUAAACAUGUAUGUAGUGAAGUAUGUUAUGCUUUUCAUUUCUUGCAAAUAAAUAUUUUCUGUAGAAAAAACAA